ACAAAGGGAGGGUAACCGACGGGAAGUCUCUACACUUUUCACGGAGAAUCAUCAGCAGCGAGCACAGAGUCCAGGUCCUGAUGUCUUCAGGAGGGGUUGGUUCUGUCCCCAGGUUCGACCGGGUGCGAGAGUUCCCACACUAUGACCAGGUCCCUGUGGGCCCCUUAUGGCAGGACCCGGAUUUUCCUAUGCCCCCGCAUCCCUUGCAUGAAAUAGCGCCGGCUGUAAGCUUGGACCCCCUUCCUCCUCCCCCUCUACCUGAACAGCCAGCUGUUGGGUCUGAAUCCUUGUACCCCCCCAGUGAUAAUGAGCCAAUGGAGGAUGACCGUGACGUCAUGGACAUUAAGCCAGUCCGCCGCUUCAUCCCCGCCUCUGUUAAGAACUUCUUCCGUGGCAAUAGCGGUAAACGUGGCAGCAAUGGUUGGGCUAUCCCUCCACCACCUUUACCUGCCCCAUUCUCCACUGCCCCCUCAUCCAGUAAGAGCGCCAGCUGCCGCACUACGGCAGGAGUCCCCUGCUCACCCCCCAACUCCGCCCCUCCAUCUCCGUCCCUUCUAGGGUCCUAUCGGGACCCCUACGGCGGCUCUGGGGGCAGCUACACCUCUCAGAAGGAGCGAGACGGGCUGCUGCUGGGUAGUGAAGCCCUCGACUCUGCAUCAGCAGUGCCCACCAAUCUCUCGGCCCUGACCUACCAGGAGCAGGUGGAGGAGUACCAACAGCGCUACGCCCACAUGAAGUCCUGGGCUGGCCUGCUGAGGAUCCUGGGCUGUGUGCAGCUGCUAUUUGGAGCUGCAGUGUUCGCCUGCGUCUGUGCCUAUGUUCAUAAGGACAACGAGUGGUUCAAUAUGUAUGGAUACUCCCAGCCACAGCUGUUUGGGGGGCUCGGUGGAGGUGCUGGUGGAUAUGGGGGCGGUUCCUACUCAGGGCCCAAGACACCUUUUGUCCUUGUGGUGGCUGGUCUUGCAUGGAUAGUGACUGUUAUUCUGGUCGUUCUGGGCAUGAGCUUGUACUACAGAGCCAUCCUUCUAGACUCUUCUUGGUGGCCGCUCACAGAGUGUUCCAUCAACCUGGUCUUGGCAAUGCUGUAUUUAGCAGCAGGGAUAGUGUAUGUGAGGGACACCACACGAGGGGGGCUAUGCAAUGUACCGGUCUUCAACAACGGAGUAAAUGGGGCAUUUUGUCGCACUGAGGCUGGCCAGACAGCAGCCAUCGUCUUCCUCUUCAUCACCAUGGUGCUCUACUUCAUUAGUGCAGCAGUGUGUCUGAAGCUGUGGAGGCAUGAAGCAGCCAGGAUGAGGAAGGAGGGGCUGGCGCUUGAGAUGAAAACUAUUGGAUCAUCAGUCCCUCUGUCUAUACUGGGUCCAGGCUCCAGGCUCUCAGAGCAGACUCCUCUCCCCACUAUUCAGCCAGACAUCAUGGACUCUACAAACUACUCUGCAGCUGCUCCUCUGAUGGCGCUGGAGCCAGAGAUCCUCAGAGGUCACAUUCCAGCUGGACACAUCCCCAAACCUGUCAUUAUAGCCGACUAUGUGGCGAAGUACCCCAGCAUCCGCUCAGACGAGCAGAGGGACCAGUACAAGGCUGUGUUCAAUGACCAGUACGCCGAGUACAAGGAGCUGCAUGUUGAGGUCCAGGCCAUGGCCAAGAGGUUUGAAGGGAUGGACGAGAUGAUGCAGAACCUUCCCUCCCGGCCUUCCAGCCAAAUGGAAAAGGAGCGGAUCAGUGGCAUUUUAAUGGAAUACCAAAGGAAGAAAGCUGAUCCAACAUAUUUGGAGAAAAGGGACAGAUGUGAGUACCUCAAGAACAAGCUCUCUCAUAUCAAGCAGAAGAUUCAUGAGUACAACAAGGCCAUGGGCUUAAGCAACAUCAGCUAAACACUGCAGUCUCUCAUCAACACACCUGGAAUCAUGUCAAGGAAGUGAUGUCGCUCAGGAGAUUUUAAACACCUAAUGUGAUGCUUGUGUUUGCUGUCAGCAACUAUGAAGUAAACCAGAAACAUUGAAACACAAAUUGAAAUGAUCUUUCCAUCAGUGUGGGUAAGACCAAGUACAUUGGGUCUUACAUGUCUGUUCCUUUAAAGCAGGUGUUAAUGAUCUCACCACUGGCUGAACAGAGUGACCUGAGGAAGCUGAUGUAAAUAAGGCUGAGUCACUGUUAAUGAUCAGAGUCAUAGAUCUGCAGGAGACAGCGAUCAGCACAGGUUAGUUAGUUUAACAGUUUAUGGUCAGACAGGAUAUACUUGUAUUUGCUGCAUGUGUUGUGCUGUGGAGGUUAUGAUGCUCACUGUGUGCUGGUGUUGUUCUUUACAUGACAGUGAACUGUCUCCCACCAUGUUACUGAAAUCACUGUUCAUUCUAACAGAUGGUGUUUGUUUUUAAUUAGUUUUGGUCACUGCUGUUGUGAACUCACUUGUACAUUGUUUGAUUGAUUGAUAUGUGUAUGUUAUUGUUUUGUAUCGUAUGUCAUACUGCUUUAUGACAAAGAAGCAGCUUUUUAUAAACUUGUAUUUUACAUCUUUCCCUAAUGUCCUGUUUGAGUAACUUCUGUUACAUCUGUUACCGUCUAACAUCUGCCCAGACUCAGUCAGCAGCGCUGUGGUGCUAAACGAGAGUUCAUGAAGUUAACCCUUUACAGAAACAAUAACAACCAAG